AGGCGUCUAUCCUGAGCUAUGAUGGCAGUAUGUACAUGAAGGUGGUGAUGCCCGCCGUGAUGCACACAGAGGCAGAGGAUGUCUCCCUACGCUUCAUGUCCCAGCGUGCAUUUGGGCUCCUCAUGGCCGCUACCUCCCGGGACUCCGCCGACACGCUCCGUCUGGAGCUCGACAGCGGCCGUGUCAAACUCACGGUCAACCUAGGUAUCGUAUACAAAUAAUUAACCGUUAACCGUUGACCGUUAACCCUCCCCGUCCCGGUGUCUUCAAGGGGAGUUGUCUCAUAGUAGUUUUUGUGAGUUGUUGUUUUCAUUAGUUAUUUUUUGUUUUGGUCGAAAAUAUCAAAAAAAUCUUACACAAACGACAACAAUUUUUCAGCAUUUUUUUUUUUACAGUAGUUGCAUGGAUUGUAUUUUGAUUUGUACCGCGUCGUAUGUAUUUUGAUUUUCUUGCUUUGCUGCUAAGUCGUCUCUGUAGAAUAUUCUAUAAUUAAUCUAACAAUGAACCACCAUAUCCAUGAACACAUUAUGCAUAUCACAGCCAUUUUCAUUAAGAUAUUGGGAAAUAGUCAGUCAUGAUCACAAGUAGAAAGGAACAUUUCUCAGAUAUUAAGCUGGACAUGUUCAGUUACUUAUAUGCUAUCAAACAUUGUUUCCUUAUACAGUACAUUAUUAUUAUUAUUAUUAUUAUUAUUAUUAUUAUUAUUAUUAUUAUUAUUAUUAAUGCCUAUUGCACACACUUCAAUUACAGUGGACUUUUUAACAAGGUCCUGUUAUUAUGACGGCCCUUUUUCUCUCUUUCCCAUCCAAAGAUUCUGAUAUAUAGCUACAUCUCCAUAAUGCAUUAACAGCCUACAUUCUUACAGUCUGGGUUUGUUGUUGUCGUAACCGUGUUCUGUUGAUUAUUUCCUGUAUUUUUAUUUUGGUUUGGUCCAUGUUAGCAGGUCCAUGGUUCCUCCCAUUAGCACCCCUACAGGAGUGCAGGUGGUAUUUCUCAUGUCGCCUUGUUCAAAGAUGGUACUCACCCCUUCAACGGCCCCCUAGCCUGCGGCUUGCCUGGCAUACAGCCCGAGCCCACAGCACACAGCAAGCCUGCAGAUGGUGGCGAAUAGGAUAGGAUAGUAGCACCCCUUUAUCUAUACACACAUGGACACAAACAUUAAGCUAGCUUUGACUAACUUCCCUUCCACUAUAUCCACCCUCAUACAAUACACAAACAAACUAUACCUGUCAACCAGUGGAGGCUGCUGAGGGGAGGACGGCACAUAAUAAUGGACGGAAUGGAGUGAAUGGAAUGGUAUCAAACCCCAUUCCAGCCAACACAUACAGUGAGGGAAAAAAAGUAUUUGAUCCCAUGCUGAUUUUGUACGUUUGCCCACUGACAAAGAAAUGAUCAGUCUAUAAUUUUAAUGGUAGGUUUAUUUGAACAGUGAGAGACAGACUAACAACAACAAAAUCCAGAAAAAACGCAUGUCAAAAAUGUUAUAAAUUGAUUUUGCAUUUUAAUGAGGGAAAUAAGUAUUUGACCCCUCUGCAAAACAUGACUUAGCACUUGGUGGCAAAACCCUUGUUGGCAAUCACAGAGGUCAGACGUUUCUUGUAGUGGGCCACCAGGCUUGUACACAUCUCAGGAGGGAUUUUGUCCCACUCCUCUUUGCAGAUCUUCUCCAAGUCAUUAAGGUUUCGAGGCUGACGUUAGGCAACUCAAACCUUCAGCUCCCUUCACAGAUUUUCUAUGGGAUUAAGGUCUGAAGACUGGCUAAGCCACUCCAGGACCUUAAUGUGCUUCUUCUUGAGCUACUCCUUUGUUGCCUUGGCCGUGUGUUUUGGGUCAUUGUCAUGCUGGAAUACCCAUCCACGACCCAUUUUCAAUGCCCUGGCUGUGGGAAGGAGGUUCUCACCAUAGAUUUGACGGUACUAGGCCCCGUCCAUCGUCCCUUUGAUGCGGUGAAGUUGUCCUGUCCCCUUAGCAGAAAAACACCCCCAAAGCAUAAUGUUUCCACCUCCAUGUUUGACGGUGGGGAUGGUGUUCUUGGGGUCAUAGGCACAUUCCUCCUCCUCCAAACACGGCGAGUUGAGUUGAUGCCAAAGAGCUCCAUUUUGGUCUCAUCUGACCACAACACUUUCACCCAGUUCUCCUCUGAAUCAUUCAGAUGUUCAUUGGCAAACUUCAGACGGGCCUGUAUAUGUGCUUUCUUGAGCAGGGGGACCUUGCGGGCGCUGCAGGAUUUCAGUCCUUCACGGCGUAGUGUGUUACCAAUUGUUUUCUUGGUGACUAUGGUCCCAGCUGCCUUGAGAUCAUUGACAAGAUCCUCCCGUGUAGUUCUGGGCUGAUUCCUCACCGUCCUCAUGAUCAUUGCAACUCCACAAGGUGAGGCCGAGGGAGAUUGACAGUUAUUUUGUGUUUCUUCCAUUUGCGAAUAAUCACACCAACUGUUGUCACCUUCUCACCAAGCUGCUUGGCGAUGGUCUUGCAGCCCAUUCCAGCCUUGUGUAGGUCUACAAUCUUGUCCCUGACAUCCUUGGAGAGCUCUUUGGUCUUGGCGAUGGUGGAGAGUUUGGAAUCUGAUUGAUUGAUUGCUACUGUGGACAGGUGUCUUUUAUACAGGUAACAAGCAGAGUUUAGGAGCACUCCCUUUAAGAGUGUGCUCCUAAUCUCAGCUCGUUACCUGUAUAAAAGACAUCUGGGAGCCAGAAAUCUUUCUGAUUGAGAGGGGGUCAAAUACUUAUUUCCCUCAUUAAAAUGCAAAUCAAUUUAUAACAUUUUUUACAUGCGUUUUUCUGGAUUUUGUUGUUGUUAUUCUGUCUCUCACUGUUCAAAUAAACCUACCAUUAAAAUAAUAGACUGAUCAUUUCUUUGUCAGUGAGCAAACGUACAAAAGCAGCAGGGGAUCAAAUACUUUUUUCCCUCACUGUACAGAUCUUAACCCAUAAUUCCAAGUCCUGUCUAAAUUGCUGACAAUUUUCCUGUGGUUCAUUUGAGUUUAAAAAAUGCUUCUAGACUUGAUUUACCCUAUCAAAUUUACUCCCACAAAAAUGGCCAUUAAUUAUAAUCCACAUAAUAAUUCACUUUUCCAGUUGCUGCAGGACUAUUUUCCUGCUGUGGCAAACUGGCUCAAAUUAAGAUCCUACAUCUGUAUGCGAAUAAAUCGGGAUAUUCCACAUAAAACUAUAUUUCACUCAGUUUUACAUUAUGUUAUGGACACAUUAUAUCUGUCACUUUCCUAAUAUUGCCCCCCCCCCCAAAAAAAAAAUCGGAGUCUGACCAGUAUAUAGGACUUCAAUGCACAAUAGCAAAUGUGAUUUGGCUGGUUUCUCUCAUACAUACAUACAUAGCCUACAUCUUUGCUAUCUUUGUGUUAAGAGCUGAGGUCUGAGGUAGUCUGGAACCCUCUGAGGUCCUGCUAAGCCACUGUACGGUGCUGGUGCUGACUGGAUCGAGACUGUUUGCUCCCACUUUUCUGUUGCGGUUGACUGUACAUGACAAAGCUGGGUCACAUGGAUCCCAACCCAGAUCACCUGACCAAUCACAGUACUACUUAUUCCCUAUUGGAUGAGAUAUCGGCCUAUCUAGUACACCAUUUGUAGCCUGAUGUGUAGAAUAUAUCUUAGUCCAAUAUGAUAUACAUUUGAUAUAAAUAACUGAUGGCUACAGGUGCAGAAAAACAAAGUAUGGUUCCAAAAUACUGGGUUGGUAAAUCGAUGUGGCCAAUGAACUGCAAGCGGCCAUUUAAAAAUUGAUUAAAAAAAAAAAUAGGCUUAAAAUCAUAAACUAUAAAAACGCAUGUUGAAAUUUGAAAACAACAUCAUAUUUUGUAAGAUAUUUCAUGCAUCUAUUCAGACCUGCAAAUAUACUUUCAGUAUUGACAAGAAGUAUUUAAAUUCAAUGAAAGUGAAAUAUGAUAUUAAAUUAAAGAAAAUGUAAUGGUCAAACUUAAAACAAGACAUAAAACCAAAAUGGCAGUUUGAUGUUGACCAUCAUCACAAGUUACCCUAACUACCUGAAAUGGCCGCCUAUGUCAUGUGACCGUCCCCGGAAGGUGGAGUUUCUGUUCUUGGAUGUCUGCAGCUUUUACCUUGAAGGAUGCGAUUUCAUCUGUCACUUAUUCUCCCCCCAUCUAGACUGUGUCAGGAUAAACUGUAACACCAGUAAGUCUAUACUCCACUUGUUGGAGAAUUCUUCUCUAAAUUAAUAUAUUUUGACAUGAUUUGUGUGAAAUAGAUAGGAUAAUGUGAAGAAGUGUGAUAAGGAAAUUGCAUGGAUAAGGGAUCAGCUAAGAUCAAAGAAUAACUUAUGAUGAAAGUGUGAUGUUUCUAUACAUAAUUAGUUAUAAAAUAAGUUAACUCAACUCAAUUAGCCAACUUUUCUUGAUAUUUUUGAGGUUGGUUUAAAUUUGAUAUAUUUUAAAAUGUUACAGAAAUUCCCAUGUACAUUUUUCUUUAAAGGUACAUGUUUAUUACAUUGUAGUGUGGUUUAGAAAGGUUUAGUAUAACUGCUUUUACUCAUGAAGAGGUCUUUGAGUUUGUUUUGGUCGUGACAACACGACAGCAGUCAAGGGCCUUGUGUAUUAAUGAGAAUGACUUGGUGUACAACGUGAAUGUUGUUUGCAAAGAAUGUUUUCUAUGUGAGAUUGUGCAUGUGCACAUUUCUCUCUCUCUUUCUCUCUCUGUGUGUGUGUGUGUGUGUGUGGUGUGUGUGCGUGUGUGGUGUGUGUGUGUGUGUGUGUGUGUUGGUGUGUGUGUGGUGUGUGUGUGUGUGUGUGUGUGUUGUGCGUGUGUGUGUAUGCAUGUCUACCUGAGGUUGACAGUGUGUCCCAGCUGCAGGUCUAUUUGAUGGUGGAUCCCAGUUUGAGUGACAUAUCAGACACACUCAUUCACUCCAAUUAUACUGAUCAAUAUCUCUGAUUACACACCACACCUAAUCAGGCUGCAGGCAAUGGUGUGUAAUUAACCACAACACACACACACACACACACACACACAGAAACAUGGCACACCGUGGGCUUGACUCACCCUCUUGUGGGUGGUUGAGGAAUUUGUUUUUGAAGAAACAUUCUCCAUAUAGGCCCAGGACUGCCGGUUUCUGAGCAAAAGGGAAAAGUUUGGGAAGCCUUUUAGGUUUACAGCGAAAAUUGAAUUUACGAUUUAAAAACUUAGAUAAACAAAAUUGUUUUUAUUUUGGAGCAAGAAAGUUGGAGAAGAAAGGAGAGAUAAAAGACAAAAAGAAGGAAUGAGGAAAAGGCCCCGUUUUGGGGAAAAACCCUUUUUGAUUUUAGAGGGGAAAAAGUAAAAAAAAAACCAAAAAAAGAAAAAGGGUGGGGGAAUAAAGACCCCAGGGGAAGAAAAGGUAAAAAAAAGGGAAAAAAAUUGGGACGGAAGAAACCCCCAUUAAGGGGGAAAAAAAGAGGUUUUGGUUUUGGAAAAACCCGAAAAAUAAGGUUUUUAAAAAGGAAAAGGGGGGGGGAGAUGGGGGGAGCGGGGGGAAAAAAGAAAAAAAAGGGAGAGAGGGGAGCGGGAAAUCCCCCGCGGGGGAAAAAAACCAAAAAAAGGGUGAAAAAAAAAAAGGGGUUACAAGGGGAGGAGGGGGGGGGAAAAAAAGCCCUUUUUUUUUUGAAAUAAAGGGUAAAAAAAAAAGAGGGGGGGGUUUGAAAAAAUAAAAAAGGGGGGCGGGGGACAAAAGGGGGGGGAAAGGGGAAAAAAAGGAGCGGAAAAAAAGAGGAGGGGAGAGAGAGAAGAGGGGAAAGGGGCGGGCGGGGGACGGGGAGGAGAGGGCGGGGGAAGAGAGAGGGGGGGGGGGGGGGGGGGCGGGGGGAGGAGGGGAGGGAGAGCGGGGGAGGGGAAGGAGAGGGGGAGGGGGGGGAGGGGAGGGGGGGAGGGGUGGAGAGGCGGGCGGCGAGGAAGGAGGCCCAAAGGGGGGGGGAGAGAGGGAGAGGGGGGCCCGGGGGGGAGGAGAGCGGCCCCCGGGGAGGGGGAAAAAGCCGAGGGGGAAGAGGGGAGGGGGAAAGGGGGGAAAGGGGGGGAACCAGGGGGCCCGAGGAAGAGAGGGGCAGAGAGAGGGGGAGGAAGAGGGGGAGGGAGGCGGGGAAGAGGCGGGGGGGGGGGGGGGGAGGGAGAGGAGAGAGAGGAGAGAGGAGGGAGAGAGAGAGGAGAGGGGAGAGAGAGAAGAAGAGAGAGAGGAGGAUAGGGAGAAGGGGGAGGAGAGGGGGAAAAGGAGCGGGGAGGGGGGAGAAAGGAAAAGGGAGGAGAGAGGAGGCCGAGAGGGGGACAACGGAGGCGAAAUGAAGAGCGGGAAGAGAGAGAAGAGGAAAAGGGGGGAGGGGAGAGAAGAGAAAAGGGAAAAAAAAAAAGAAGGGGAAAAAGGGGAAAAAAGGGGAAGCCCCUUUUUUUCUCUCCCCUUUCUCUCUCUUCUCUCUCUCUCUUCUCUCUCUCCUUUACUCUCUCUCCAGGCCAGAUGGCAGGCGACCACACCCGUCUAGAGUUCCAUAAUAUAGAGACAGGCAUUCUGACAGAGAAGCGUUUCAUCUCGUCCUCCCCCUCCUCUUUCAUUGGACACCUGCAGGUAGGGCCAGCAUGUACUGGCAGAAGCACAUGUUCAAUUAUAAAUCAUAAUUUGGCAUCUGCCAGGCACAGACCUGCGCGGGCAGGAGGGAGUCACGGCCAGAUCCGAUUCCUGCCUCUGAUUGGCUAGUAUUCCCUAACCAUAGAGGCUAAUCAAAGUGGUGCAAUACUACUGUUCUUCAGUUGAUAAAAGCAGUUAUCGCAAUAUCAUUUUCUUCACUAAGUUAUCGUGAUACCAAACCCCAUUAUCAUCCUCAUAACCCAACUCUGACCUCUUACCCCUAGGGCCUGAAGUUCAAUGGCAUGUUCUACAUUGACAUGUGUAAGAAUGGAGACAUCGACUUCUGUGAGCUCAAUGCCCGCUUUGGCAUGCGCUCCAUCAUCGCUGACCCAGUGACCUUCAAGUCCAAGGGCAGCUACCUGGGGCUGGCCACCCUGCAGGCCUACACCUCCAUGCACCUGUUCUUCCAGUUCAAGACCACAUCGCCUGACGGAUUCAUACUGUUCAACAGUGGAGACGGGAACGACUUCAUUGCUGUGGAGCUGGUCAAAGGGUGAGUCACUGAGGAUAACAUUAUUUAACUAUAUUUAGUCAGGUCAUUAAAGGCCCAGUGCAGUCAAAAUAAUUUACCCUGUUUGUUUUGUAUCAUAUUGUACAGCAGCUGAUGAAACUAACACUGUAAAGUUGUGAACAAAUGUGAUCAGUGUUAUUUCCUGUUUGUUGCUGUUUGAAAAUACAAUCUACACAGGACCUUCAAUCAGCAGGGGUGUAUUCAUUCUGCCGAUUGUGUUGCCAAACGUUUCUGAAACGGAAGCAAACAAAAACGGGGAGGGACCUACUGUAGCGGGUGAUUUGGACGGAGUCAGGCGCAGGAGGUGUAAUUCACAGAAUAAAUGGUUUAUUCGGCAAAUACAGCGGUAUGCAGCAAUGCGUAAAACACUACAGUGCGGUAUAACGGCGUACUGGAGAAAAACAAAACACACGGGUGAAUGUCCCGGCGAUACCAUACAUUAGAGCUCCACCGAGAUAUCAUCACCUCUACAUGAAAACAAUCACACACAAAGACAUGGGGGGCAGAGGGAACACUUAUACAGGUACUGAUGAGGGGAUAUGAACCAGGUGUGUGUAAAACAAGACAAAACAAAUGGAAUGAUGAGAUGAGGAGCGGCAGUGGCUAGAAGGCCGGCGACGACGAAUGCCGAAGCCUGCCCGAACAAGGAGAAGAGGCAGCUUCGGAGGAAGUCGUGACACCUACCUGAAUUUGUCCAAUAGAAACUCUAGUUUUGCUCCGUUUGCUUUUUUUGUUCUAAACGGUAAACAGUUUCCGGAAUGAAUACACCCCAGGUUAUGCAUGGUUGGAUUUUUGGCAUGCCUGGUGACAUCACCAGGUGGUAUAAGUUAAUAGACCAAUAACAAAGAGUGUUCCAAACCUUUCUGCCAAUAGCAGCUAUUUUUCAGGUUAGAUAUACCUCCCAUUAAGCACCUCCAAUUAGGUCCCUCACUCAGACCACUCGCAGACAGUCCUAGAAAAAUUCUUGCUUGAGAAAUGAUAGUUUUUCUGUAUGCUAAAAAAGCUAUUUUUGUUGCUUUUUGACAAUUUGUAUGGACACUAUUACAGUAAGAUACUUAAUUGUUACGAAGAAAUUAUUUGAUAUCGAGAUAAAAACGGCUGCAUUGGUCUUGCAAGAGAGUAAGACAGUGUAUAGUGGACUUCACCUGAAAACUAGCUGUCUUCAGUUGGUGUGAUAAAACUGAAAUAGUCCAAGUAAAAAAGUAUUAGUUAAGAAGAUAUUCGCUAUCAAGUUUUGAGACAUGCCAAAAGACUAGGCUAGAUAUUCUGAUGCAGGGGUUAUCAUUCAGAAUAACUUGAUUCUGGGCCAAUUAUAUAGACUUCUGCAUGUCGUUUUACCCACUGCCACAAUGUUCCUCCUAUCAUCUCCACUGACUGUGCCGUACACACACACACACUCCCCCACUUCAAUGUAGUGGGCACUACAUCUGAAUAAUAUAACCUACACUCACCCACUUCAACUGAGUCCACUUCUACUCUCUAGUAGGCACACUAAUAGACACACACGUCUGAUGUGUGUCCCAAAGUAAAGUUGAGAAAAAGUGUGCACUUAGGGGGGAAGUGCACUUAAAAGUACUAUAGUGUGCGUUCCUGUUUCCUUGUCUCCUAGUUUAGAAGUAUUGCAUUUAUUCCCAGUAUCUUCCAGGCAGUGGUGUAAAGUACUUAAGUAAAAAUACUUUAAAGCACUACUUAAAUUGUUAUUUUAGGUAUCUGUACUUUACUUUACUAUUGAUAUUUUUGAUUACUUUUACUUUUUACUCCAUGCAUUUCCCCGACACCCAAAAGUACUCGUUACAUUUUCAAUGCUUAGCAGGACAGGAAAGUGGUCCAAUUCACUCACUUAUAAAGAGAACAUCCCUGGUCAUCCCUACUGCCUCUGAUCUGGAGGACUCACUAAACACAAAUUGUUCGUUUGUAAAGGAUGUCUGUUGUUGUAGUGUGCCCCUGGCUAUAUUUAAAUAAAUAAAAACAAGAAAAUUGUGCUGUCAGAUUUUUUUAUUAUAAGCAACUUGAAAUUAGUUAUACUUUUGCUUUUACUUUUGAUACUUAAGUAUAUUUAAAACAAAAUACUUUUAGACUUUUACUCAAGUAGUAUUUUUCUGGGUGACUUUCACUUUUACUUGAGUCAUUUUCUAUGAAAGUAUCUUUACUUUUACUCAAGUAUGACAAGUGAGUACUUUUUCCACCACUACUUGCAGGCUACAAAAAGUAAAGUCACGAAGAGAGAUAGAUACCUGUGUACUGUUGAAUGCUCCCCCAGCCGUAUUGUACUAAAACCUUGGUCCCCAUCCUAGGUUUUGUCCACUAUGUGUUUGACCUGGGGAACGGGCCCAGUCUGCUGAAGGGGAACAGUGAGAGUGCCCUGAAUGACAACCAGUGGCACAACGUAGUCAUCACUAGGGACGCCACCAACACACACACCCUCAAGGUGGAUGCCAAGUCUGUCACACAGAACGUCAACGGAGCCAAGAACCUCGACCUCAAAGGUAGGAGGACCAAGCAGCGAACAUAGAAAUCCAGGACAUACAAUACACAAACAGCAUUACAGUAACUGUAGCCAUUCUAAUUCUAUGGUAUUGUAGACCAGGCAGUCACUGAAGCUUCUAUGUCCUUCCAUCACAGAGACAUAAACACUGUCAAAACAGUGGCUACGUUCCAAUGUUCCUACAUUUACAUUUACAUUUACAUAAUUUAGCAGACGCUCUUAUCCAGAGCGACUUACAAAUUGGUGCAUUCAACUUAUGAUAGCAAGUGGGACAACCACUUUUUUAUGGGGGGGGGGGGGGUAGAAGGAUUGCUUUAUACUAUUCCAGGUAUUCCUUAAAGAGGUAGCAUACCAGUAAAAAAUAUAUCCAAUACGUGAUUCAUUCUAAAUGGUAUACUAGUCUGGAUAUUGGAACGUAGCCACUCUUUUGACAGUGUUUUGUGUCUACUCAGGUUGACAGACAAUAUUUGCUUAUUUGACUGAGUAAAGGCAUUAUAAUUGUGACUGGAUUAUCCUCCCAUCACAGAAAUGUUGUUGACACACUCUCUGACCUCUACAUCCUUCAUUUGUUCAUCCACUACUCCCUCCCUCCCUCCCUCCCUCCAGGUGAUCUGUUUGUGGCAGGACUGGGGCCCAACAUGUAUCAGAACCUUCCUAAGCUUGUUGUCUCUAGGGAAGGUUUCCAGGGCUGUCUGGCGUCUAUAGAUCUCAACGGCCGUCUGCCUGACCUCAUCAACGAUGCCCUGUUCCGCUCCGGACAGAUCGAACGCGGCUGUGAAGGUACGACCCCUGAUCUAUGACCUCUUUGCCUAGGAGCACAUAUCUUAUGCAUCCAGUUCCAAAUUGACCCCAAGCACCCUAGAUGACUAGAUCUUUGUCCUCUAAUCAUGGCUAUGGUUUGCUCCUUGCCCACUCACACCUUCAGCCCAGUUAAUUGAUGGCCACUCUGGGUUACAACCUGAAAUUAUCUAAACGGUAUACUGGGAUCAAAUUCUAGUGCAUCAUGUACUCGUCUAGUCAGUAAACUGCAUUCCCCCACAAGGUGGUGCCAAACCACUACACUGCAUUCCACCACUAGGUGGUGCCAAACCACUACACUGCAUUCCACCACUAGGUGGUGCCAAACCACUACACUGCAUUCCACCACUAGGUGGUGCCAAACCACUACACUGCAUUCCACCACUAGGUGGUGCCAAACCACUAAACUGAAUGCCACCAAUAGGUGGUGCCAAAGCACUACACUGCAUUCUACCACUAGGUGGUGCCAAACCAUUACUAUACAAACAGAGAGACAGCAUACUCUCAGAUGACAUUUCCCAAACCACACAUUCUAUCCACGUACCUUUACUGUAACUAACAAAUAAUUAAUUAAACUAACAUAACAAAAACCCCUUUACCAAUUAAAUGACAGAGUAUUCAUUUAACACUUUUUUUUUGGGUUAAAUCGGGGACAGACUUUGGGGGUUUUAUGAUAAACCAUUUUUUAAAAAUUCCAUCCAAAAUGGGGGCCCCCAAAAACACUUUUUGUCCCAUAUCUCCCCCCUUUUCCCCCAUAAUUGUUUUCAAGGGGCCCCCCCAAAACAAAGAACCCCAAGGUGUUUGGGGGAUUUCCGGGUCCUGGCUCAAAUCAACCCCCCCCCCAAACACAUGCCCUGUUCUGGGGGCAAAUCAACCCCUUUUAAUACACCCUUUUCAUGCCCUCUUUCUAAAAUAUUUUAUAUACCCCAAAACCCCCAACCCCCCAAGGACAAUUUUUUCCCCUUUUCCCCUCUUUUUCCCCCCCAAAAACCCCUUUAAAACCCGUUUUGGGCCAUCUUUACCCCCCAAAAUUAUCAAAUUAUACAUCAAAUUUUAUCAACCCCUACAAAAACUACCAAAAGGGGAAAAAAAACCACUACCCAAAUUAAAAAAAGGGGGUUUAAAAAACCCACUCCCCAUUAAACCACAUUCCAAACCCAAUGCUUUCCAAAACCGGGGGUUAAACCUUUCCCCAUUACCAAUUUAAAAAAACCCCAAAAAAAAAUUUAACCAAUAUUCAAACAAAAAUAAACUAAAAAAAAAAAACCAACUAUUAAAAAAAGGGGGAAAAACCUUACACCAAACCAAACCUGCACCCCAACAAAUCGUACAAAAAAGAAAAAAAAAAAACAAAAAAAAACCCCUUUCCCCCAAAAUUUAAAAAAAAAAGGGGUGUUUUAAUUUGAACUUUUUCACAAAAAAAAUUUCGCAGGUUUUUUUGGGGUUGGUAAAGCCAGUAAAAAUUGGAAUGAAAAGUGGAAUAUGUUAAUAUAACCAGGGUUAGUGGGGGUUUUAGUGAAUUUUUGAAUCAGAAGAGUGAUCAAAAUUAAAAUAUACAGGUUACCCCUACAAUACCUGAAAUCGAACACUACCCGGGGGCUGCCUCACUAACUCUGACUCUGUUGUGUUUCCGCUUCUUCCUGUUCUGUUCGUUGUGUUUGGCACUAACAAAGUUGAUUUCAUCAAAGCCGACCUGCAAGGUAGAAGGUUACACUCUGACCCCUUCUCUGAAGCGCGGCUGAACUGACAGAAUGCUGUGUGCAAUGCAUCGUGGGUGUAGCCAUGCCGACCAUGUCCCACUGCUGGAGAGGAAGGCUCACUCUCUGAAAGUGGCAGGAGAAAUGUUGGAGAAACAGAUGGAAGAGAAGGAAGAGCGAUAUAAGAGGAAGCAAGAAUGAGAAAAGCUGCAGAGGGAGCAAAAGAGAUCGAGAAAGAGAGAGAGAGAGACAGAGAGAGAGAGAUAAGAUUGAGUGAUAGUGAGUCUGAGAGGCUGAGAGGCUGAGAGGCAGAGAGGCUGUAGAGCUGUAGAGAGGGGUUUGUUUAGAGUGAGAGAGGCUUUUAGAGAGGCUGAGAGGUAGAGAGAUAGAGAGGCUGAGAGGUAGAGAGGGAGACUGAGAGGCUGAGAAGCUGAGAGGCUGAGAGGUAGAGAGGCUGAGAGGCUGAGAGUCUGAGAUGAGAGAGGCUGGGAGGCUGAGAGGCUGAGGUAGAGAGGCUGAGAGAUGGAGAGGGAGAGAGGCUGAGAGGUAGAGAGGCUGAGAGGUAGGGGAAAAUGAGGGGUUUAGGGGGCCCUGAGGGGCCGGUUUAGGUGAGAGCUGAUAGGUGAGAGGGGGUAGAGAGGCUAGGGGUUUUUUGAGAGGAGGGAGAGGGGGGGAGAGAGGGGGGGUAGAGGGGGUUUAGAGAGUCUGGACAGGUAAUAGGGGAGGGGGUUAGAGAUAAAAGGGGAGGGGUUUAGGGGAGGUGAGAGCCGAGAGGUAAAGAGGUGGGGGUAGAGAAGGUUUCGAGAGGCGGGAGAGUUGAGAGGGUAGAGGGCGGGGAGAGGUAAAAGAUUUUAGAGAGGUGAGAGGCUGAGUGGUGAUGGGGAAGGGGGUUAGAGGGGUUUGAGGGACUGAAAAUUUUUGAGAUGUAAAAUGAGGAGGAAGCGAGGGCCGGAAAACCCCCCGCGGUUUUCCCGGGGGGGCGGAGAGGUUGAGAGGGGUAAAAGGAGGCCUGGGGGAGGAGGGGCCCGGGAGAGGUGAGGUAGAGAGGGUGGAGGGGCUGGAGAGGUCGGAAGGAAGGCGACAAGGUGGGAGAGUUUUGAGGGGGUUGAGAGGCUCCCCCGGGGGUAGGGGGAGGGUUAGAGGGGCCCCCCCCCCCCCCCAUGAGGGGGGUGGGGAAAAAGGUAAGGGGGGCCUGGAGGUAGAGGGGGGGGUGGGCGCCUGGGGGUUUUUGAGAGGGGAAAAGGGGGAAGGGUGGGGAGGAAGCUGAGAGGCUGAAAAAGGGUUAGAAGAGGCGAAGGUAAAGGGGGCUGAGGGGGCUGAGAGGUGAGGGUGAGGGGUAGAGAAGCUGAGAAUAGAGAUUUGGGAGAGGUGAGAGGUGGAGGGGAAGAGAGGUUGAGGGGGAAAGAGGUAGAUGUAGAGAGGGGAAGAGGGCGGAGAGAUUUUUAAUCCACCCCACAGAGAAGCCCAUAAAAUGGAGAUCCAUUUCCAGAGGACAGAGAGGGUUUGAUUACUGAGAGGAAAGAGUAGGGAGGGUUUUACGGAGGGGAAAAGGGGGAGGUUACAGUAUAAAGGAACCCGAGGAAAUUUUGAGAUGUUACAGAAAAGUAUGCAAAUCCGAAAUGGCUUAAAAAAAAGGGAGUGCCCAAGGGAAAAAAAAUUAGGCCCCGUUAAGAAAAGAGAAUAGAGAAAAGGGGCCCCAAAUUCAAACCAAAAACCCCCCCACCCGCCCCCAGUUAAACCUUUUUUUCCAAAAGGAAAAAUUUCCUUUCCCCUGGUGAAAAGGGAGGAAGGGGGGUUUUAAGAGAGCGAGCCCUUUCCCAAAUACAGACAGGGGGGUUGGAAAAUUUCCCCACCGUUCUUCAUUCCCACAGUAAAGGCACUUUCAGCCAGCAACUACACUUCUUGUUUUUCUGUUCCGACUCCAAGUUAUUCUCUUUUCUCACAUAUCAUCUUGCACAAGACUACUGCCCUUAAACAACUGUUUAUUUGCAGUUGUUUAUGUUUUUCGGUUAUUUUUUGUAUCUUUUCACGUAGUUUUUCUUUAAAUCUUUUCUCUUUGGAGGUUUUUGAUAAGGAUUUGUAUGUUAUUAAUUUAAAUCCAGACGGAUUGACUAUAUACGUACAGUAUAAUGCACCGUUCUUGUCUGCAUUCCCUCUUUGAAAAGUAUUCAAAAGUGUGAGAUAUGUGUGGUGGUGGUUGGUGGAGAAUGGAAUACACACAUUCAGUUUGACUUUGAAUGCCCUGUGCAAGUGACGCGUCAUACUUCCGUGUUUAUGUCCUUGACCUUUUGAAUGGGCUUGACGGUUAUACAGUAUCAUCGAAUUCAUCAAGACGCGGUCAAAUUAAAUAUGUAUAAAACAGUGGCGUUCAGUGCCGUUUAAGAUGAGGGAGGACAAUUAUUUUUUCAUGAGCAUGGCCUUAUUUCUAUUACAGCAGAAUGGAUGACUCUCAUUCAUAUUCCAUUGUAUCUAUUGUAACAGCAAUAGGUUUAGGCUACUACAUGAUACAUUAAUUUUCCCUGUACCCAUCAUGAGUGCCACAAGCUAGCCUAUGAAUUAAAGUUUACAACGUAGGUGCACACAGGUCGAGAGACACAUUUGAGGUGACAGACAGGGACACAUGGACAGACAGUGACAUUCAAUACCACCUUGCACACUCUUGCCUGCAUCUAGCUGAUAUAGGGUGUAAUCAUAGGUCAAACAGUUGCAAACGAGAGUUUCUAUUGGACAAAUUCAGGUUUGUUUAUCCCCGUUUGCUUCCGUUUAAGAAACGUUUUCAACAGAAUUGGCGGAAUGAAUACACACCUGAUCACGUGUAAACACACUUCAGUUUCAUAGCAGCCACGUUGUAUUCCUUCUGUGCACUCUCCUUCUCUCACCUUGUCCCUUCGCUGGUGGACUUCAAUGCACAACACAUCAGCUGUAUGUGACCAGGCGGAAAAACCUUUCCCUCUGUUUGAGCAGGGUGUUAUAGUAGGCUAAACUAGCUAGCUGCAUUUACUAGCUAAGCAAGUGAAACUGAAAUUGAAAAAAAUGACAAUCUCUCUCUCUAUUUCUCUCUUGCUUCUCCUUCAUUUUGUUCAAAACUGUUCAAAUAUUGUCUUUCUCUCACAACAUUUUAUGCACUGCAGUGCUAGCUAGCUGUAUGUUAUGCUUUCAGUACUAUAUUCAUUUUCUGAUCCUUUGAUAGGCUGGAGGACGUCCUCCGGCAGUUGUCAUAAUUACAGUGUAAGUCUAUGGAAGGGGGUGAGAACCAUGAGCCUCCUAGGUUUUGUAUUGAAGUCAAUGUACCCAGAGGAGGACGGGAGCUAGCUGUCCUCCGGCUACACCAUGGUCCUACCCUACAGAGUUCUAGCGAGGCUACUGUAGACCUUCAUUGCAAAACAGUGUGUUUUAAUCAAUUCUUUGGUGACGUGAUAAUAUUUAGUAUAGUUUUGUCUAAACAGGAUAACUUUUUUAUGUUUUACAAUUUCAAUUUUUAUGAAAUUCACUGACGAGGAUGGUCCUCCCCUUCCUACUCUGAGGAGCCUCCACUGAUAUAAAACUAUAUUAGUGUUUGUGGAGGAAUUUUCCAAAUGCCUUUCAUUACGUAUUUGCGCUGAAUUCCAUUUCUCUAUGUUUUUGUCCAUUGAAUAACAAUUAAAAAGCCUACACAAUUCAAAAACUACAAGGUCACAUGCCACGUCACUUGCAUAUCGUAUAACCCUUCAAACUGUCUCAAUGUAGUGCAUACGCAGGGAUAUGCACUACUGUACUUGCACACUCUGAAGUGUUUAUUUGUUCUUGUUUACUGUUCUUUAUCCAAACAAUAUGUGUUAUAAAUCUAUAGUGUUGUGAGUCAAUGGUGUUGUAAAUCUAUAGUAUUGUUAGUCUAUAGUGUUGUAAGUCUAUAGUGUUGUUAGUCUAUAGUGUUGUUAGUCUAUAGUGUUGUAAAUCUACAGUGUUGUAAGUCUAUAGUGUUGUAAGUCUAUAGUGUUGUAAGUCUAUAGUGUUGUAAAUCUAUAGUGUUGUUAGUCUAUAGUGUUGUAAAUCUAUAGUGUUGUUAGUCUAUAGUGUUGUUAGUCUAUAGUGUUGUUAGUCUAUAGUGUUGUUAGUCUAUAGUGUUGUAAGUCUAUAGUGUUGUUAGUCUAUAGUGUUGUAAAUCUACAGUGUUGUAAGUCUAUAGUGUUGUAAGUCUAUAGUGUUGUAAGUCUAUAGUGUUGUAAGUCUAUAGUGUUGUUAGUCUAUAGUGUUGUAAGUCUAUAGUGUUGUAAGUCUAUAGUGUUGUAAGUCUAUGGUGUUGUUAGUCUAUAGUGUUGUAAGUCUAUAGUGUUGUUAGUCUAUAGUGUUGUUAGUCUAUAGUGUUGUAAAUCUACAGUGUUGUAAGUCUAUAGUGUUGUAAGUCUAUAGUGUUGUAAGUAUAUAGUGUUGUUAGUCUAUAGUGUUGUAAGUCUAUGGUGUUGUAAGUCUAUAGUGUUGUAAGUCUAUAGUGUUGUAAGUCUAUAGUGUUGUUAGUCUAUAGUGUUGUAAGUCUAUAGUGUUGUAAGUCUAUGGUGUUGUAAGUCUAUAGUGUUGUUAGUCUAUAGUGUUGUAAGUCUAUAGUGUUGUUAGUCUAUAGUGUUGUAAGUCUAUAGUGUUGUUAGUCUAUAGUGUUGUUAGUCUAUAGUGUUGUUAGUCUAUAGUGUUGUAAAUCUAUAGUGUUGUAAGUCUAUAGUGUUGUUAGUCUAUAGUGUUGUUAGUCUAUAGUGUUUGUAAGUCUAGGGUUUGUUGUAAUCUAUAGUGUUGUAAGUCUAUAGUGUUGUAAGUCUAUAGUGUUGUAAGUCUAUAGUUUUUGUUAGUCUAUAGUGUUGUAAGUCUAUAGUGUUGUAAGUCUAUAGUGUUGUAAGUCUAUAGUGUUGUUAGUCUAUAGUGUUGUAAAUCUAUAGUGUUGUUAGUCUAUGGUGUUGUAAGUCUAUAGUGUUGUUAGUCUAUAGUGUUGUAAGUCUAUAGUGUUGUUAGUCUAUAGUGUUUGUUAGUCUAUAGUGUUGUAAGUCUAUAGUGUUGUUAGUCUAUAGUGUUGUUAGUCUAUAGUGUUGUAAGUCUAUAGUGUUGUAAGUCUAUAGUGUUGUUAGUCUAUACUGUUGUUAGUCUAUAGUGUUGUAAGUCUAUGGUGUUGUAAGUAUAUAGUGUUGUAAGUCUAUAGUGUUGUAAGUCUAUGGUGUUGUAAGUCUAUAGUGUUGUAAGUCUAUAGUGUUGUAAGUCUAUAGUGUUGUAAGUCUAUAGUGUUGUUAGUCUAUAGUGUUGUUAGUCUAUAGUGUUGUAAGUCUAUAGUGUUGUAAGUCUAUAGUGUUGUAAGUCUAUAGUGUUGUUAGUCUAUAGUGUUGUAAAUCUAUAGUGUUGUUAGUCUAUGGUGUUGUAAGUCUAUAGUGUUGUUAGUCUAUAGUGUUGUAAAUCCAUAGUGUUGUUAGUCUAUGGUGUUGUUAGUCUAUAGUGUUGUUAGUCUAUAGUGUUGUUAGUCUAUAGUGUUGUUAGUCUAUGGUGUUGUUAGUCUAUAGUAUGUCACUUUAUUGUACUUUUAACUUUCUGGAACAAUAUGUGACGUUGUUGAUCGUUUUUUGGGGACAGUAGGAAUGUUUUAUUUAUUUCUGUGACUCUUGUACAGUAUCUGUCGUUGUAAGCCACACGUGAAAAACGUCCUCUAUUUGUCCUUUCUGUUUGUGCCCGUUCAUAACAGGUCAUAUGUAGUGCUAAAACACAAAGAGGGAAUGCUGUGUUUUCUGUCUCCAAACAUCGAGACCUCCUAUUGGAGUGAUAUGGCACGCAUGCCCCCACUUCCCCUCCCACACAAAGUGCACUACUGCAUGGCACCUCCAAUGAUGGGACUCAGUACCCCCCCCCUAUAGUUACUCCACCCCUUCACACCCUGUCUGUUCCAGCAGGACCCAGCACCACCUGUCAGGAAGACUCCUGUGCCAACAUGGGCGUGUGUAUUCAACAGUGGGAGAACUUCACCUGCGACUGCACCAUGACCUCUUACACAGGGACACAGUGCAACGACCGUGAGUACCGUUUAACUUUAACUAUACAUGUGUAGACAGCCGCAAAGACUCAGAGAAAAACACAGUUCACAGGGAUCAACACACACACACACACACACACACACACAUACACAGACAGAGACACACACACUUAACACACACACCUGCAGCUUCACCGUGACCAGCUACACUGAUGGACGCAGUGCAACUACCGUGAGUCCUCAGGGGGACAGGGAUUAUCUGCAUGAUGCUGGUUGUUAUUCUGACUCUGUUUCCAAUGCAUAUAGUAUGUUCUACUAUCUCUGUGGAAGCACCAUUGAAAGCAAUGGCUUGUGUGAUAUCCAUAACAUGCCUUGGAGAUACACAGUACAAAAGGGUUGAAAUGGUUCUCAGUGUCACACUUUGUUGUUGUGUGUACACAGAGUCUCAGGGCUUUAGUAACUCAGAGUUGAGUCAGCGUGUGACUGAUGAUAUGUGAAACGUCUGGUUCUGCCCGAGCAGGCAUUUCAUAAAUGUCCCUAAAGAGCUUUCUCAAAUGUGUGUGUGUGUUGUGUGUGUGUGUGUAUGUGUGCAUGUGUGUGUGGCUCUUAUCCCUGUGACGAUGGGACUCUUCUCUUCAAUUUUCAGUGUCUUUAAUUAGACAGGGUACAACUAAUGAUUUGAAUAAUGUAGGAGCUGUGAUCAGUCGCACUGAAAUUACACUGACCUUUCAUACCUACUAAUGCUGUUGCUGGGUCCACUGCAGAUAACACUCUCUCAUCCUCUACCUAUCUCUCUUCCUCUCUCUCUCUCUCUGUUGCUCUCUCUCUUUGUCUUUACAUUGCUCUCUCAUUCUUUUGCUAUCUCUCAUUCGCUCUUUAUCUCUUGCUCUCUCUCUCCCUCGUUCUCUCUCUUUAUCUCCUCUCCUUUCUUUGAAACAGAGUCAUGGUUCGAGGCAAUGUGUGCUACUCUGACCCAGUGAUUAACCCCAGGGUCAUGCCUCACCAGGAGGGAGAGCGGUUUCAUGUCUAAUUCUGUUGACUCUUCAACAUAAGGAGUCAAGGGCAUUUUCGUACUUACAUCUUAAACAGUUCUCUAUUACCUAUAGUAGUGUACUACUUCUGGACAGAGCAGGGAGAGUAGUUGUAGCCAGGUAAUGGGGAUUCUAAUAUCAGUAAACAAAUGAACAACUUCAUUGUUACUUGUUACCUGUUAAAACAGUGGCCCUUGGGUGCUGAAGGGUUUAGGGUUUUAAUAUUCUAGCCAGGUACCAGAUUAGUGCUUAAUCUGUGUUUUAUAAUCCCCCUUUAGUGUCUCUUGUAAAUCGCUCUGGAUAAGAGCGUCUGCUAAAUAAUGUAAAUGUAAAUGUAGAGAGGUAUUCCUCUCCCCCAUGCUUUAUAAACAGUUAAUAGAACCACCACUGAUGGCAGUAAUGUACUGAGCAACUCCGUACAUAGCCCACCUACACAUACACCUGCCUGGCAGAGAGAAGAAAUUAGAUGCAAUCCUCUGAGCAUGUAAUCAACUUCCUCUUAUUUCCAUUAUCUCUCUCUCUCUCUCCCUCUCUCCCUCUCCCUCUCUCCACCCUCUCUCUCUCUCUCCACCCCCUCUCUAUCCCUACCACCCCUCUCUCUCCUCUCCACUCCCACCCCCCUCUCUCUACCCCUCUCUCCACCCCUCUCUCUCUCUACUCACCACCCCCUCCUCUCUCACCCCCCCCCUCUCCCGUCUCCUCCACCCCCUCUCUCUCUCUCCACCACCCUCUCUCUACACUCCCACCCCCUCUCCCUACUCUCCCCUCUCUCUCUCCACCCCUCUCUCUCUCUCCACCCCCCUCUCUCCUCUCUCUCCACCCCCCUCUCUCUAUCCCUCUCCACCUCCUCUCUCUCUCUCUCCCUCUCCUCACUCCACCACCCCCCUCCCUUCCUCUCUCUCUCUCCACCCCCCCUCUCUCUCUCCACCCCCCUCUCUCUCUCUCCACCCCCCCUCUCUCUACUCCCUCUCUCCACCCCUCUCUCUCUUCUACCCCCCUACUACUCUCUCUCCAACCCCCCCUCCUCUAUCUCACCCCCCCUCUCUCUCCAUCCCCCCUCUCUAUCCCUCUCUCCACCCUCUUUCUCUCUCUCCCACCCUCUCUCUCUCUACUCCCCCCCCUCUCCCUCUCUCUCUCUCUCUCUCUCUCUCUCUGUCUCUCUCCACCCCCUCUCUCUCUCUCCACCCCCCCUCUCUCUCUCCACCCCCCUCUCUCUCUUUCUCUCUCUCUCUGUAUCUUUCUCUCUCCCUCUUUAAACACUACAAGGUGGAUAGGAAGACCUGGCAAGCGUGGCACUGUGCACGAUGAUGGCAUCAAACACUACUCUUAUAACUCUCAAUGAAUACCAGGUUGUGAUUCACACAGGGGGCUGAGUCAGACAGACAUGCAGACAGACAUGCAGGCUGGCAGGCAGGCAGGCAGGCAGGCUGGCAGGCAGGCAGGCAGGCAGGCUGGCAGGCAGGCAGGCAGGCAGGCAGGCAGGCAAGCAACAGUCAGACAGGCAAGCAUACAGACAAACAGACAGACAGACACAGGCAGACAGACAGACUAGGACAGUCUGAACCUUCCAUUUAUCACAGAACUACAUUACAGUACAUAAUUCAAAUCAAAUCAAAUUGUAUUUGUCACAUGUGCCGAAUACAACAGGUGUAGACCUUCAAUCGAACGCUGCUGGCACCCGCCCACCCGACUAGAAUCACUACUCUCGAAGGGUCUGACCUAGAGUAUGUGGACAACUACAAAUACCUAGGUGUCUGAUUAGACUGUAAACUCUCCUUCCAGACUCACAUUAAGAAUCUCCAAUCCAAAGUUAAAUCUAGAAUAGGCUUCCUAUUCCGCAACAAAGCCUCCUUCACUCAUGCUGCCAAACAUGCCCUCGUAAAACUGACUAUCCUACCGAUCCUUGACUUCGGCGUGUUAUUCACAAAAUAGCCUCCAACACUCUACUCAGCAAAUUGGAUGUAGUCUAUCACAGUGCCAUCCGUUUUGUCUCCAAUGCCCCAUACACUACCCACCACUGUGACCUGUACGCUCUUGUUGGCUGGUCCUCACUACAUGUUCGUCGUCAAACCCACUGGCUCCAGGCCAUCUAUAAAUCACUGCUAGGCAAAUCCCCGCCUUAUCUUAGCUCAUUGGUCACCAUAGCAGCACCCACCCGUAGUCUGCGCUCCAGCAGGUAUAUCUCACUGGUCAUCCCCAAAGCCAACACCUCCUUUGGCCGCCAUUCCUUCCAGUUCUCUGCUGCCAAUGACUGGAACGAAUUGCAAAAAUCUCUGAAGCUGGAGACUCUUAUCUCCCUCACUAACUUUAAGCAUCAGUUGUCAGAGCACCUUACCGAUUACUGCACCUGUACACCGCCCAUCUGAAAUUAGCCUACCCAACUACCUCAUCACUAUAUUGUUAUUUAUUUUGCUCUUUUGCACCCUAGUAUCUCUAUUUGCACAUCAUCUCUUGCACAUCUAGCAUUCCAGUGUUAAUACUAAUUGUAAUUAUUUUUGCACUAUAGCCUAUUUAUUGCCUUACCUCCAUAACUUGCUACAUUUGCACACACUGUAUAUAUAUUUUCUGUUGUAUUUUUUUUGACUUUAUGUUUUUUUUACCUCAUAUGUAACUCUGUGUUGUUGUUUUUAUUGCACUACUUUGCUUUAUCUUGGCCAGGUCGCAGUUGUAAAUGAGAACUUGUUCUCAACUGGCUUACACUGGUUAAAUAAAGGUGAAAUAAAUAAAAAUAAAAAACAGUGAAAUGCUUACUUACAAGCCCUUAAUCAACAAUGCAGUUUUAAGAAAAAUAAGUCUUAAGUAAAAAAUAGUUAAUCCAAAAAAAAACAAAUAACAAAUAAUGAAAGAGCAACAGUAAAAUAACAGUAGAGAGGCUAUAUACAGGGGGUACCGGUACAGAGUCAAUGUGUAAUAACAGUAGGGAGGCUAUAUACAGGGGGUACCGGUACAGAGUCAAUGUGUAAUAACAGUAGAGAGGCUAUAUACAGGGGCUACCAGUACAGAGUCUAUGUGUAAUAACAGUAGAGAGGCUAUAUACAGGGGGUACCGGUACAGAGUCAAUGUGUAAUAACGUAGGGAGGCUAUACAGGGGGUACCAGGAACAGAGUCAAUGUGUAAUAAACAGUAAGUGGAGGCUAUAUACAGGGGGACCGGUAAACAGAGUUAAUGUGUAAUAACAGUAGAGAGGCUAUAUACAGGGGGUACCAGUACAGAGUCUAGUGGUAAUAGAGUAAGGGGGGAGCAGGGGGACCGGAGUAGAGAGGCUGUAAUAACAGUAGGGAUGGCUAAUACAAGGGGGUUACCGGUACAGAUUCAAUGUGUAAUAACAUUAGGGAGGCUAUAUACAGGGGGUAACCAGGUACAGAGCAAUGUGUAAUAACAGUAGAGAGGCUAUAUACAAGGGGGUUAGCCGGUACAGAGUCAAUGUUGUAAUACCAGUAGAGAGGCUAUAUACAGGGGGUACCGGGUACAGAGUCAAUGUGUAUAACAGUAGAGAGGCUAUAUACAGGGGGUACGGUAAGAGUCAAUGGUGCAAUAACAGUAGAGGAGGCAUAUACAAGGGGGGUAACCGUACAGAGUCAAUGUGUAUAACAGUAGAGAGGCUAUAUACAGGGGUACCGUACAUGAGUCAUGUGUAAUAACAGUAGAGGCUAUAUACAGGUGGGUACCGGUACAGAGUCAAUGUGUAAUAACAGUAGGAGGCUAUAUACAGGGGGGUACCGGUACAGAGUCAAUGUGUCAUAACAGUAGAGAGGCUAUAUACAGGGGGUACCGGUACAGAGUCAAUGUGUAAUAACAGUAGAGAGGCUAUAUACAGGGGGUACCGGUACAGAGUCAAUGUGUAAUAACAGUAGAGGGGGCUAUACUACAGGGGGUACCGGUACAGAGUCAAUGUGUAAUAACAGUAGGAGGCUAUAUACAGGGGUACCGGUACAGAGUCAAUGUGUAAUAACAGUAGAGAGGCUAUAUACAGGGGGUACGGUAACAGAGUCAAUGUGUAAUAACAGUAGAGAGGCUAUAUACAGGGGGUACCGGUACAGAGUCAUGUGUAAUAACAGUAGAGAGGCUAUAUACAGGGGGGUACCGGUACAGAGUCAAUGUGUAAUAACAGUAGGGAGGCUAUAUACAGGGGGUACCGGUACAGAGUCAAUGUGUAAUAACAGUAAGAGCUAUAUACAGGGGGUACCGGUACAGAGUCAAUGUGUAAUAACAGUAGAGAGGCUAUAUACACAGGGGGUUUCCGGUACAGAGUCAAUGUGUAAUAACAGUAGAGAGGCUAUAUACAGGGGGUACCGGUACAGAGUCAAUGUGUAAUAACAGUAGAGAGGCUAUAUACAGGGGGUACCGGUACAGAGUCAAUGUGUAAUAACAGUAGAGAGGCUAUAUACAGGGGGGUACCGGUACAGAGUCAAUGUGUAAUAACAGUAGGAGGCUAUAUACAGGGGGUACCGGUACAGAGUCCCAAUGUGUAAUAACAGUAGAGGCUAUAUACAGGGGGUACCGGUACAGAGUCAAAGUGAAUAACAGUAGAGAGGCUAAAACAGGGGGGUACCGGUACAGAGUCAAUGUGUAAUAACAGUAGAGAGGCUAUAUACAGGGGGGUACCGGUACAGAGUCAAUGUGUAAUAACAGUAGAGGGGGCCCAUAUACAGGGGGUACUGGUAACAGAGUCAAUGUGUAAUAACAGUAGAGAGGCUAAUAUAGACAGAAAGGGGCGGUACUGGUACAGAGUCAAUGUGUAAUAACAGUAGAGGGCUAAAAACAGGGGGGGGGUACCGGUACAGAGUCAAUGUGUAAUAACAGUAGGAGGGCUUAUACAGGGGGUACAGUAAAGAGUCAAGGGUUAAACAGUGAGAGGAUAUUACAGGGGGGGGGUCCCGGUAAGAGUCAAUGUGGUAAUAAACAGUAGGAGGCUAUAUACAGGGGGGGGGGUACCGGUAAAGAGUAAAUGUGUAAUAACAGUAGCGAGGCUAUAUACAGGGGGUACGGUACAGGUCAAUGGUAAACUAGCAGGUUUAUAUACGGGGGUUACCCGACAGAGUCAAUGUGCGGGGACACCCGUUAGUCGAGGUAAUACAGUGGGGGAAAAAAUUAUUUAGUCAGACACCGAUUGUGCAACUUCUCCCACUUAAAAAGAUGAGAGAGGCCUGUAAUUGUCAUCAUAGGUACACGUCAACUAUGACAGACAAAUUGAGAUUUUUUUUCUCCAGAAAAUCACAUUGUAGGAUUUUUAAUGAAUUUAUUAGCAAAUUAUGGUGGAAAAAAAAUAUUUGGUCACCUACAAACAAGCAAGAUUUCUGGCUCUCACAGACCUGUAACUUCUUCUUUAAGAGGCUCCUCUGUCCUCCACUCGUUACCUGUAUUAAUGGCACCUGUUUGAACUUGUUAUCAGUAUAAAAGACACCUGUCCACAACCUCAAACAGUCACACUCCAAACUCCACUAUGGCCAAGACCAAAGAGCUGUCAAAGGACACCAGAAACAAACUUGUAGACCUGCAUCAGGCUGGGAAGACUGAAUCUGCAAUAGGUAAGCAGCUUGGUUUGAAUAAAUCAACUGUGGGAGCAAUUAUUAGGAAAAGGAAGACAUACAAGACCACUGAUAAUCUCCCUCGAUCUGGGGCUCCACGCAAGAUCUCACCCCGUGGGGUCAAAAUGAUCACAAGAACGGUGAGCAAAAAUCCCAGGACCACACGGGGGGACCUAGUGAAUGACCUGCAGAGAGCUGGGACCAAAGUAACAAAGCCUACCAUCAGUAACACACUACGCCGCCAGGGACUCAAAUCCUGCAGUGCCAGACGUGUCCCCCUGCUUAAGCCAGUACAUGUCCAGGCCCGUCUGAAGUUUGCUAGAGUGCAUUUGGAUGAUCCAGAAGAGGAUUGGGAGAAUGUCAUAUGGUCAGAUGAAACCAAAAUAGAACUUUUUGGUAAAAACUCAACUCGUCGUGUUUGGAGGACAAAGAAUGCUGAGUUGCAUCCAAAGAACACCUACUGUGAAGCAUUGGGGUGGAAACAUCAUGCUUUGGGGCUGUUUUUCUGCAAAGGGACCAGGACGACUGAUCCGUGUAAAGGAAAGAAUGAAUGGGGCCAUGUAUCGUGAGAUUUUGAGUGAAAACCUCCUUCCAUCAGCAAGGGCAUUGAAGAUGAAACGUGGCUGGGUCUUUCAGCAUGACAAUGAUCCCAAACACACCGCCCGGGCAACGAAGGAGUGGCUUCGUAAGACGCAUUUCAAGGUCCUGGAGUGGCCUAGCCAGUCUCCAGAUCUCAACCCCAUAGAAAAUCUUUGGAGGGAGUUGAAAGUCCGUGUUGCCCAGCGACAGCCCCAAACCAUCACUGCUCUAGAGGAGAUCUGCAUGGAGGAAUGGGCCAAAAUACCAGCAACAGUGUGUGAAAACCUUGUGAAGACUUACAGAAAACGUUUGAUCUGUGUCAUUGCCAACAAAGGGUAUAUAACAAAGUAUUGAGAAACUUUUGUUAUUGACCAAAUACUUGAUGUACUGGGCAGUACGCACUACCCUCUGUAGUGCCUUGCAGUCGGAGGCCGAGCAGUUGCCAUACCAGGCAGUGAUGCAACCAGUCAGGAUGCUCUCAAUGGUGCAGCUGUAUAACUUUUUGAGGAUCUGAGGAACAAUGCCAAAUGUUUUCAGUCUCCUUAGGGGGAAUAGGUUUUGUCGUGCCGUGUAGUAUGAUUCAAUCUUAGUCCUGUAUUGACGCUUUGCCUGUUUGAUGGUUAGUCGGAGGGCAUAGCAGGAUUUCUUAUAAGCGUCCGGGUUAGAGUCCCGCUCCUUGAAAGCGGCAGCUCUACCCUUUAUCUCAGUGAGGAUGUUGCCUGUAAUCCAUUGCUUCUGGUUGGGGUAUGUACGUACAGUCACUGUGGGGACGACGUCUUCAAUGCACUUAUUGAUGAAGCCAGUGACUGAUGUGGUGUACUCCUCAAUGCCAUCGUAAGAAUCCCGGAACAUAUUCCAGUCUUUUCUACCUGCCCUCUACAUUACAGCACAUAAUUCCCCUCUACUUUACAGUACAUAACUCUCUCUACAUUACAGUACAUAUCUCCCCUCUACAUUACAGUACAUAACUCCCCUCUACAUUACAGUACAUAACUCCCCUCUUCAUUGUAGUACAUAACUCCCCUCUACAUUACAGUACAUAACUCCCCUCUACAUUACAGUACAUAACUCCCCUCUACAUUACAGUUGACAGUUUGAGUCUGCACUCCUCAGUCCUAAACUCAGAAACAAGACAGAGUGAGAAUUUACAGUCCAUUUAUGCAUUUUAGCCCCCGGGUUUUUUUUUUUUUUUUUUUUCUGCGGUGCCUCUUUAUUAAAACGACUCUGAGAUUUUAAGCUUUUGCCCCCUUUUUGUAAGUGGUGGUAAGGGGUGAGUGGUUGCGGGGCCCUUUUUUCCCCACCGCCCCCCCAAAACCAGGGAGAGAAAAGGGGAAAAAGGGGGGGGAAAGGGGGAGAGGAGGGAAGGGGGAGGGAGGGGAGGGAAGGGAGAAAAGAGGGGGGGAGAGGGAGGGGGGGGAAGAGGGGGGGGGAGGGAGAGGGGGGGGGAGGGAAGGGGGGGGGGAAGGGGGGGGGGAGGGGGAAGGAGGGGGAGAGGAGAGGAGGGGGGGGGAGAGGGGGGGGAGGAGGGGGGGGGGGAGGGAAAAGGGGAAGGGAGGGCCGGAGGAGGGAGAGGAGAGGGGGGAGGGGGAGAGGAGAAGAGAGAGAGAGAAGGAGGAAGGGAGGGGCGCGAGAAGAGAAGAAGGGGGGGGGGGGGGGGGGAGGGGGGGAGGGCGAGGAAAGGGGGGGGGCAAAUUUCCCCUUUUUUUUUCCCUUUUCGGGCCCCAACUUCCCCCCUCCAAAAACCCCCCCCCCCCUUUCCCCUUUUUCUUUUUCCCCUCCUCCCCUCCCUUAUAUGUAUUCACUUUUCUUCUUUAUAAUUUUGGUUUCCCUCAUUUCCUCUUAGGGAAAUUGGGCUCAGGGAGGAUGAUCCAUUAAAUUUAAGUUAAAUUUGUUUUUCCCUUUCUUGGUUUGGGAAAAAAAAAGUUUGGUUUUUUUUUUUUUUUAAAAAAAAAGGGUAAUAGUAUUUACCCCCGCCCCUGGGGGGUGGAGUCCGAACCAAAAUUUUUGGGGUUUUUUUUAUUGUGGCCACAAAUGGAGGGAAUUUUUACCCGUAGUUUAAGCCAUUUAAAAAAAAAUACAACCCCCAAUUGAAGAAGAAGUCAAUGCUUUCUUUUGGGGGGGGGGGGGGGGGGGGGUUUUUUUUUAAAAAAAGGGGGGGGAGGGGGGGGUUAUAAAAGAUAGGUAUAGGGUGGCGGGGGGAGGCUGGGGGCUCUUCUCUCCUCCUCAAAGGGUUUUAGUUUGCACUUGGCUCAACGUGAGUCACUCCAAAUGGAAACAUUACAUUUAGCCCAAGUCUUGUAUGAUAACUUAACCCCAAAAGAACUAGUGAAAAAAAAAGUUUAGCUCAAAAAGGCUGAUGACCCCAGGCUUGAGACAAAAUGGUGAUGGACAUGGUAUGGCAACUGGCUGAGACACACGGGGUAUGGCACACUGGCUGAUGACACACUGGCUGAGGCACAAGGGGCUGAUGACACACUUUGGUGAUGGAAGGUGAGACACAUGGCUAUGGCACACUUUUCGAUGGGGGCACACUGGCCGGGUGAUAAACUGGGGAUGAUACACUGGCUGAGCAAACCCCCUGUUUUAUAUCACGUGGUGAUGAACAGGGGGUGUGUCAUUACUGCUGAUUUUAAAAUGGUUUUUAUGACACACGGCUGACGAAAACUUUUGAUAAACAGGCCGAAAACACACUGGCCGAAAACACUGGGGCCCAUGAAACCCCCGGGUUGAUGACACAGGAGAAGGCCCUCACAUGCACAGAGGGGGACACAGCCUCAGCCUCUGUGACGUCAACAAGCGAGAGCAUAGGAAAGAGAUGAGGCAAACGGAGGAGAGAGACAAAGAGCAGUUUAGUGCUUCA